GAAUAACAAAAACGUGAACCAUAAGAUUUAUUUCCCAACUGCCGAGAAGCGGGGUGUCAUGUGACUUCGAUAUCCGGGUCCUGUCAUUGGUCAUUCUCCAACAUGGCGUCUUCAGGGAAGAAGAAGCAGAAAAAGGGAAAGACUCUUACCCUAACUGACUUUCUGGCAGAGGAUGGGGGAGGGAAUACCCCAGUCUACAUUCCCUCAAAGCCAGUAAGUUGGGCAGAUGAGACAGAUGAAUUGGAUAAUGAAGUUUCCACUGCUUGGCCUGGUAUUGAUGACGAUGUUUACAAGCCUGCCAUUAACAGGGCAUUACUGCCAACAGCACCUCGAGCAGCUCGAGCACCAGAUAUUGAUAUGAACCGUAUUCCUAAGCAGCCACCAUACACAGCUUUUCUAGGCAAUUUGCCUUAUGAUGUAUCUGAGGAGUCCAUCCGCAAGUUCUUCCAUGGAAUGAACAUCAGCGCUGUACGUUUGCCGAGAGAGUCCACCAACCAGGACAGAUUGAAGGGAUUUGGUUAUGCUGAGUUUGAUGAUGUGGAAUCACUGAUGAAUGCUUUGAGUCUCAAUGAAGAGAUGUUGCAGAACCGAAGAAUCAGGGUGGAUAUUGCUGAUCAAGCUCAGGAAAAAGAAAGGGAGUCGGGCAGGGGAGGAGAGCGGGACAGAAUUCGUGAUGCUGAGAUGGAGUCUGACUGGAGGGCUCGUCCAGCAACUAAUACCAACGAUGAUUAUCCGUCAAGAAGGAUGGAGGAUUCAUUUGGGGACAGAACUAGGGACCGUUAUGAAAUCCGUGACCGGGACGGUCCUCGGCGGGAUGGAGAUAGGUACAGGGAUGAUGGCUUCAGGGACCGUGGUUAUGAUAGAGGCAGCCGGCGUGUAUUUGGCAGUGGAUUCAGGAGAGACAAUUAUGACGACAAGCGGAGUGACGAUUAUCGGGGUGGUGGCGAUCGUUAUGGUGACCGUUACAAUGAUGGAUUUGACCGCUUUGACAGAAGAGAUGACAGGAGAAGUGAUUAUGGCUCAAGAGAUGAAAUGAGGCAGGAAGAUAGAGGACCUGUACAGAGGCCUAAAUUGAACCUGAAACCUCGCAGCAUUCCAAAAGAAGAGGUUGUGCGAGCUCCUCCUGCAGCAUCAUCUGGAAGAUCAGCAUCUAUUUUUGGUGCCGCCAAGCCAGUAGAUACAACAGCUAAAGAACGCGAGGUUGAAGAGAGAUUGAAGAAAGAGCAAGAAAAGUAUCAGAGGCAAAUAGAGGAUCAAGAAAGAGGGAUUAAAGGGGUUAAACAGCCACGGGAAAGGCAUCCAAGCUGGCGCAAUGAGGAUCAGAUAGAGCGAUCAAGGACUGCCAGUGACUCUUCACAGCCAACUGAUACCAGUGCCCCUGCAGGUCGAGCUACAGUCAGGAGAGAGAGUGAAAAAUCAUUGGACAAUGAAGUGUUCAGCAAAGAGGAGGAACCACAGUCACCAGUGUCCAAAUCUGCUAAACCAGACCAGCUCCGACUUAAGGUUGUACCUGCCCCUCCACCUAAAGAAAAUGCCUGGACAAAGCGAACAGUUGGAGGUUCCAGUAGUAACCAGAACACUGAGACAGAGGCCACAAUGCCUCUCUCACCGAAUAGUGCAUCAUCAAAUAAAUCACUCAGGUCACCAAGUGGCAAAGCUGGAACAGUUCCACCAAUAGAUGAUAAAGCAGAAUAUGAAAUAAAAGACAAAACUUCACCCAAAGAACGUGGUGGGGCCAACAGUGCUAUGAAUCGGGGACAGAAUGAUGGCAUAAACAAGGACCGAAGGAAGGAACCAGAAAGGAAAGACAAAAAGGGCCGUGAUUCAAAACCUAUAACUGAGCCAAAGAAAUAUGAAGAAUUGCCCACUCCUAAAUUCAGCUCUGCUAGCAAAUAUGCUGCUUUGAUGAUUGAUGCUGAUGAAGAAGGAGACAGUACAGACUAAAGUUCUGUUUGAGGAAAACGCAUCCACUUCCCCUUUUCAGAGAACUGAAAGAAUGAACUUCAAUUAAAAUGUGACUGUCAACAACCCAUAUGGCUUACAUCUCCCGGAACUUUUUCUUGCAUGCUGCUGCAGCCAUUGAAUAUGAAACCUAUGGAGAUUUCAUCUACCACUUAAAAUAUGUCGGCCUCAGGCUUUUGAGAAAACAUUGUGUGCAGUAGUUAGAAUGGUAUUUUACAUUUGGAUGUCCCUCUUUUUUUUAAAAAAAUAGAACACCUUGUAAGGAGGUAAGAUUUGGCUAAACAUGAAUAAUGGAAACAGAGGUCCAUAGAAUGAAAGAAAUUGUAAUUGUUGGUGCACUUUUUAAAAUAAAAUGGGCUAGUGCGAUUGGUACAAAUAGUUGUCACAAUUUUGGCACCCCUUCCAAAAUGUCAGAUGGUAUUUUUAAAAUGGGAUUUGGGCCAUAGUCAGCCAAAUAAUACUUUUCUUUUCCUGCCAUCCCACCAUAACCAAACUGGUCAACCUGCUACUGGGACUAAUCUUGAAAUUCUAUAAUGGUCUAUUGAUAUUACUAAACUCCCAACAAUUUGUUUUUUUUUUCUUUCUCCCCUAAAUUUGCGUGGGUUGUGUUCUUGCUGUACAGCUGAAUUGCUGGUAUUUCGGGUGAGAUAGUUGUUGGGGCCAAAUAUGCUAAUGCAUUCAUCUAUAAAUGAAAGUGUAUUGGAGUUGGCCAAUAGUUGUGGUUUGUUUGAGAAUGUGACAUUGAGUAUCUAAAAUCAAGAACACUGCUCGUGUAAGCCUGUCUGCACAGCAUACAUGUAUACCGCCACAAGAAAAUGGCUCCUCUCCUUACACAGGUUAAGAUCUGGACAUGCCAACCUUAUUGAUGUCUGAUAUCACUCACAGCCUAAUUUUAACACUUUAGUCUGCACAUCUUUUUCAUCUAAUCUGUUUUGUAGUUUUUUGAAAUCCUUUCCAGUAAACUUUGGAAACCGCCAACUCCAGGCUUAUUCAGUUGUGAUAUUAUUUUGAGUGUCGUACAAGCUGAAAUUGAAAUUUCCAAACUAUGGAGAAAAAUUUGUGCCAAUCAAAAUUAAAUUUUCAACAGGAAAAUGAAUUAGACUUACUACAUGUCAGAUAUUUGAACAUACAGGAUCAGCUUUUUUUUUCCACUGCUUUCAUACACAGAUUAAGUACAUAAGGUUCUCUGAUGUUUGUAAAGAUCUAUCUAACAGCAAGCUAAAGUCAUAGAUAUUUGUAAGACUACCAUAAAGAAUUGUUUUGACAUACAAAUACCUGACACUAGAAAAUCUGCUGAUCAUACUGGUGUAAUUUCUAGAGUCUCAGCGGUAUCAGUGGAUGAGUAUUUCUGAUGAAUUAAUUCCAGUUUCCAUUCGAGUAACUUGGAGUAAUCUCAAUUUACUUUCCCAGAAAAUACCAAGUUCAUAGGAUGUUACCCUUUAUUACUUGUGAAAACAACCUCGUGUUGUAAAAGCAAGUGCAGAUGCAGUACCAAGGUGAACAUCGUAAGGAAAGCUGAACACUGUCUAAACCGCUGUGCUUGACCUGAAUGAUACAGCUCUUGUAAAACAAUAAUCCUUCACAAGUUAAAACCAGAAGUUUGUUGAUCUUUUUCAUCUCAAGUUUUUAAGUUAGAAGUCCUUGGGAGUUUAAUAAAUGCUAAAUUUUCUUGUCUACUCAACUCAGCCUGGUUUGCAACCAAUCCCAAUUCCUGAAGGUUACAGCUUUUUUUUGCAUUUGACAGCAUAUUCUAGUGGAGCUGAGAGGGCUGAAAUUUUUGCAGCUCAUUGGUGCAGUACAAGCAUUUUAACAAUUGCAUUCUUUUAUUUUUAGGUGAUCAGGUUUAGGACUCAAAAGCAUUUGUAUCGAAAUGUUUGCUUGAACAAUUGGCUUUUGGGGCAUAAACUUUGUGUUUUAACAAUUAAUGAUAUCUGAAAAUAUUAGGACAUAAAGACCAAUGAUUGGGUCCUAAAUUAAAUUCUCUUCAGUCACAUUGAGUCUGGAUGGUGUUGGGAAUAUUGAUACUGAGACUCCUGCUUUUCACUUUAUCAAACUUGCAUGAUCUUUUGUUUUGGUUUGUUUUGUGCCGCAGCAAAGAGACGGUGUUCGUAUUUAAAUGUGCAUCACUCAGAGUCUGUAAUCAAGACCCUUUGAUGAAAAGCAAGUGCAAAAUGUGACUAUGAUAAAAAGAUACAAGAAAAAAAUUUAAAAAAACAGCGUUUCCUACUUUUAAUUUAUUUGCUCAGAAUCGAAUUGAUCUCCAAUGAACAAUGCUGAUUUGCCUAGUCACUAGCAGUUCAAACUGGAUUUUCUCUUAAACAGUUCAAUCAAGCCCCCUUGAUCCUGUAUCCACUUCUUAACCCUUGCCACACACUCCACCAGUAGCAGACUCUGUUUUACUCUUUACCAGGUUGAGUGACUUUAUGCUGCAGUGGUGUGUACUGAUAAUAAAGCAGUUUCAUUCGAUAGAAAUAAAUUUGCUGAGUUCAUAAUAUCAGCUGAAGAAUUUUGAUGGGCAAAAAUUGGACAUAUUUGUGUAUAGUUUAUUAAAAUUGGCUGAAAGAAAUCAAAUUUAGAAUUCUGGUGUUCAAAUUAAACAGUACUGCAGUCCAUGUUUUAAAGAAUUCAGCUUUAAACACAGGUAUUUAUUGGAAAUUCUCGAAAAUAAGCUUUCUCUCUUUUAAUUCCCCUUUCCACCCCACUGCCACGACCACCACUACCCCAUUAUAGAAACAUUUAAUGAAUUAGUUUACACAUUACACACUGAGAGGACUUAUGUAAAAUUUGUAUAAUACCUUCUAUUAAAAAGAUUUGUACUCUAUAGUCUGCUUUCCAGGAGAUGUCUUUUAUUAUCAUGUAUAAUGCCCCAUCAGUUUUCCUUCGAAUAAACUAAUCUUUGGAAUACCUU